AUGACGUUAGAUGACGAUGAGCAGAGAAAGGCAGAGAAGAGAGCAAGGUCUGAAGCUCAACGACUUGAAAGCAUCCGUGCGAAAAGGGAGCUUGAAAAGCAACGUCAGGCGAUAAUGUCGAAAGCGCUAAAAGAGGUUGACCAGAAAAGUAAAAGAGUUGUUUUUGAAGACAGUGAUGAAGAGGAGGUGGGUUGUUCUUUGUAUUAUAUUUGCUUUUUUUGCAGUUCAUGUUAGCC